AUGCGAGAAGAUAAACUCAAUCAAUUUUAUAAAGUAUACCGAAGAAAUAGAAUCCCAGACACGUUCGAUGUUAAAAAUCUAUACAUUGCUGAUACUUAUGCCUCAUCUAGUGCAUUGGAUUAUAAUGGAAUUAUCGAGGAAUUAUAUAAACUUGGUUUCCAUGUCGAAGUUGCUCAGAAUUAUUGUGAUUGUAUUGCAGAAAUUACAUCAGGCAAUUAUCAUCAGGUCUGGGUAAUUUGUUCUAAAGGACAAGAAGCCAAACCAACAAACGUCGAUGUUUGCAAUAGUAUCAAGAAGAGAUCAGGUGAAAUCAGAGGCGAAUCAACUGAUUUCUCCCAUGCUUAUCAGUUUGUUGAGUCUGUUGAAGAGUUCAGGAAGAAAGGUGGUGCGGUUUCAUUCUGGGCCGACCAAGAUUUCACUUUUGAAUUGGAUUAUUACUUAGAACAUCUUGAAGUGUAUGACUGUGACAAGGUGGAUGGAAAUCCAACAAAAAUACCUUGCAAUUUGAGAUUCGAUGGAAGCUGCAGUCCAAAGAACGAUGUUCUUCAACGCGCAACUCCAAACAGUUUCAAAGAGAUGACAUUUGAUUCAGAAGAAAUCAAAGAAUAUCCAUAUUACGAUUAUCAGUUCUAUGGAUAUAAUGUCCUUGGGUUGUACGCAGGACAAACAAUUGCAGGCGUAAAAGUCCCAGGUUGCCAUAACUACCAAGAAAUAUGCGAACGUAUCAAGCCAUUCAAACCAUUUUCACUUGGCACUGACAAAGAGUUGGUUACAGGAUGUUAUUAUGUUUCCCCAAAGAAUUCUAAUGAAGGUGACAUCAUCAUUGACGGCGCUUCUUCAAGAAUUUUCAGAGCGUUGAACCCAGAAGGCGCCAAGAGAUUAGCAAGAAACAUGGCAGUCGGUCUUGUCAACAAAGCGAGAAGGGUUGCAGAGCAAGGAGACUACACAGAUGCUGAACCAGUUCCAGCAUUUAAAGAACCAAACAUUCCAAUACAAAUACCAAUUGUUCAAAAUAAACUCGUGAAACCAGUCGAUUUGACAUUCAUUUUCGAUGCAACUAAAUCAGCUGAAAAGAUCAAGAGUUUAAUCAACUAUCAGAUAGAAAGCGCUAUGAAGUGGUUACAAAAAUUCCAAGGUGAUGUUCGUGUUGCAGUCAUUGGUUUCAGAAACGAAGCCGCAGCUUAUUGCUUAAACAAAGAUAUUGAGAUCAACCGUACUGAUGUAAUUGAUUUUACUCCUAUAUCGAAGGCUGAUAAGAUAUUGGACGAGAUCAAUUAUAAUUUCUCUUAUGAAGGAGGAAUAGGAGAUGGUCCUAAAGACUGGAACUCGGCUUUCGAAGCCUAUUUGAAUCUCAAUUUCAGAAAGGAUUCUACAAAAAUUACUUUCUUCAUCCCAGGUGAUGGAACACAUCAUCCAGAUUUCCAUAAGAAACCUUCUAAUGAUUCAACAGUUGAUUUUGAUAAUUAUAAAUUUGAUGGAGAAAAAAUGACCCAACAACAGAGAUUAGAUGAUCAUAUCAGAAGAUUAGUCAAGCAGGAAGCAUACUGGGUAUUAUGUGGAUUUAAUUCUAAUGCUAUUGAUCCUCUGAAGACACUACUCAAAAACAUGAACAAUACCAAAGUUUCUUUCAUAACUUUGAAAGAAUGCUCCUCAACGCCUAAUUUGGAUCCAUUGAUCAAUAUUUCUGAUGAAAAACUAGAAAGGAUUUAUGAGAACAUAUUAAUCAAAACAUCUUCGCUUCCUACAAUGUUUGAUAUCUAA